AUGUUCAGGACCAGCUACAAGCACGAGGUGCACAAGGCAAAAUAUGAGUGCUCAGACACCUUGGAUGAGGGAAAUGAGGACUCUGAAAGCUCUGCGGGCAUUUCAGCCAUCCAGGGAUGGGAGAGCCUUCAGGAGCUCAACAGCCGCUUUGCCCGAUACAUCAACAGAGCACGAGUGCUGGAGCAGCGCAACGCUGUGUUCCGCAAGCAGCUGGAGACACUGCAGCGAAUGGAAGAAGCCAGUGGCCUGGAGGAGGCCUUCACAGAGCAGAUAAAUGUUAACAGACAGCGUAUCAGAGAGCUGAACUCUGACCGUGCCAAGCUGGAGCGAGAGCUAAAGGAGGCUUGCCGCAUGCUGGAUGAAUUCACCAGCAAAUAUAAAAAUGAAUGUGAUUAUCAAGAGCGGCUGCGAGCUACAUUGGAAAAUUUAAACAAGGAAGCAGAUGGUGCUCUACUGAGAAAUUUGGAGUAUCAGAUCCUGUCUCAGUUCCUGCAGGACGACAUCAAUUCUACCAGAGACAGACAUAAAAAGAACCUUGCAGAGAUCCAAACCUAUGUGAACAUUUUGCAGCAAAUCAACCAGACACUGCCGCUUCUUCCCAGUGUGUCAGUUGGCAUCUCCGAGGAGCAGGAGAAGUUGCUGGCUCAGAGGAAAGUGCCUGGCCUGCAAAGUCAGCUGGAGGAUUACAAGAGUGCCCUCUGUCAGCUGCAAGCCCAGAAACAGCGCCUACAGGCUGAGACUUCAAUGUUGGAACAGUCCAUCAAAAACACACAGGAUAGCUACGACAAUGAGAUCCAAAUGUACAAUGAGAAAAUCGAAUCCCUACGAAAGCACAUCGAGGAAACUGAGACAUCCCUGGAGAAAUUCACCAGUGAAUGUCGCCACCUGGCCAUGUACCAGACAUCUCUUGAGAAUGAGCUGGAGAGGUACAAGAGGAUCAUUGAGAACGAAGACAAUAGGUUGAAUUCCGCAAUUAUUGGGACUCCCAUUACCCUGUUUACCAGCAAUUACCGCUCCACUCAUACACCCACCCCAUCAAGCAGGGGUAGAGAUAUCACUCAGGCUAUCCAAGAUAUCACAAGCAUCAAGCCCCGACAGAAGAUACUUGCUAAAAAGGUCCCGAAGAAGAAAGAACUGACCCCAAAAGAUGUGAUUGACAAUGGCAAAGAGGAAAGAAAUGAUGGAGCCAGUGGAGAGGCUGGAGAUGAAGAAAUGAGGGGAACCCCAUCUGAGGAAGUACAGGAGGAGAGGGUGAAGAGAAAUGAGCAGGGACCUAUUUUGACUGGAGUGUCUCCACAAGAUGUCCCAGAUGGAGCUCAGAUUAGCAAAGCAUUUGACACUCUUUGUAACAUUGUCAGAGACAGAAUGAGGAAAUAUAAGAGGCCCGAGCCAAUCGCUGAUUUUUACACCAAAGGUCGUUAUGUCCUUGUUACCGGUGAUGGCAGCUUCCUGGAUCCCUGCUUCUACACCUCUACACCAUCAGCUGGCCAUGUCGUUGUCACUAUCAGAGAUGGAAUGAAAUGGCCAUAUGACCCUUAUGGAUAUGACACACCUACUCCUCCACCCCCUCAACCCAUGAUUGACCCCAGGCCUCCCAGUCCCACCCCGCCCUCUGAUGGUGAAGGAAAGGAUGACACCAAGGGUGGGAGAGCUAAGGAUAAUGGAGGAAAAGGUAAACAUGAUAAUGGGGAGCCUCAGCCUUACUCAAAGAGUCCAAGCCCUGUGCCUCCGCCAUCUGGCCCAAGCUCUCAAGAUCCUACCCCUCCAAAGCCUGCUCCUCGUGGAGCCAGCACCAGUUCAGAUUCUAGCACUAGCACCACCAGCUCUAGCAGCUUCUCCCCAAAUGCCAUGAGCUAUGAGAAGCUGGAGGUUGUAGAGUCUGUGGAGAAGUUCUCUGGUGGUCGUAAAGUUAAGGGUUAUGAGGAGACCUCAGUUGUGGUGGAGACCAUGAUUGAGAAGUCCAGCAAGAAGAAACACUGAAACCACAUCGACUCAAGCACAGUCCAGGCCUUCUAACAAGAAGAUAAAACUGAUGUUGGUAUCAGAUUAUUCUGAUUUGUUCCUCAAAGCCUUGUGGUAACACUAAUCAUUUUGUCUCGUAGGGAGACCAAUCAUGCUUUAAGACCAAAAAGCAUUCCUGAUAAUCUGACAUUUAUAGCUCUUCCAUUUGCUUGCGGUCACUGGUCUUGUUUCCAGAACAUGUUUGCUAGCUUCCUAAGUGCUACUGAUGUUGUUCGACUUUCACCCAUGCUCAUGCUAUGAGUCCUUUACUGUCUGAAAACUUGGGACGAGAAAAAACUAAGUUCUAUGCCACCAUGAAAGAUAAGAAACAAUAAGUAAAAAAUAAUAAAAAAAAAUAAAUAAAUAAAAACUUUGAAGUUGUGCUGCCCUUCUGAACGCCAGAAAUCUAACAUUUCCCCUUUAAGCUCAUUUGUUUAAUUGGAUUCCACUGC